GGGGCGCAGCGGGGCAGGGAGAGGCAGCGCGGGGCUCGCCGUGGGCAACCCCAAUGCGUGGACUAUCGGCUGCUGCAUUAUGCUGGAGCUACAGUUCCGCUGAAGGGAGUUUGCACACGGCCGGCUGGGCUGGACUGCAGCGCUGCCGUUCCUUAUGAAGAAGGCACAAACUUGGAUUAUCACUUGCUUUUGUCUUCAACUACUCCUACUUAAUCCUAUUGUCAAAGCCCAGAGUUCCUGCGGGAAUCCAGUGACAGAUGAUGUAAAUGACAUUGCAAAAUUGGUUGGAAAUCUCCCAAAUGAUUAUAUGAUAACCCUUAAAUAUGUCCCGAAGAUGGAUAGUCUGCCUAAUCACUGUUGGUUGUAUUUGAUGGUGCCUGAAUUUUCAAAGAGUCUACAUAAUCUUCUCCAGAAGUUUUCGGAUAUUUCAGAUAUGUCUGAUGUUUUAAGCAACUAUUCAAUCAUCAAUAAUCUCACAAGGAUAAUUAAUGAUCUUAUGGCAUGUCUAGCUUUUGACAAAAAUAAGGAUUUUGUAAAAGAAAAUGGUCACCUUUAUGAAGAAGGUCAUUUCAUUCCUGAGGAUUUUUUUAGGCACUUUAAUACUACCAUUGAAGUCUACAAGGAAUCUGCAGACAUAUUGGAUAAGAAUGACUGCAUUCUGCCUUCAACAGUAGAAACACCAGAGAAUGAUUCCAGAGUCGCUGUCACAAAAACAUUUUUGUUUCCUCCUGUUGCUGCCAGCUCCCUUAGGAAUGACAGCAUUGGCAGUAACACUAGCAGUAACAAAGAAGCACUUGGCUUCCUUAACAGCUCCAGCCUGCAAGGGAUCAGCAUAGCACUGACAUCUUUGCUGUCUCUUCUUACUGGCUUUAUUUUGGGAGCCAUAUACUGGAAGAAAACACAUCCCAAAUCCAGACCAGAAAGUGAUGAAACUACACAGUGUCAUGACUGUCAAGAGGAAAAUGAGAUAAGUAUGUUGCCGCAAAAAGAAAAGGAACAUCUACAAGUGUAGCUGUUGCUUUUUCUCCCUCAACACUGUUACUGUUUUGUGUACUGGCAGGUAACAGUUCCAUGUUUGCUUCAUAAAUGAAGCAGCUUUAAGCACAUUCAUAUUCCUUCUGGAGUGACAGACUGAGUCUGCAUCUGUUGUUGCUGCCCAUGACUCCAUAGACAUGAUAUGGAAAUGAGGACAAUUUGUGUUUGUUACUGUGAAACCAACACUGAAUUGGACAAUGAGAAGAAGAGCGUGCACUUAGCAGGACUGUUUCUUAUGUGAAUAUCUACCUUGUGUGGCAUUUGGGGAUUUUUAAUUCCAUUAAUGCUUGCAACACUCUUGCAAACAAAGUACAAAAAGCAUCUUUCAAAUGCCUCCAACUAUGUGUAAUCAUCAAAAGUCAUAAAUACCUUUGCAUCCUUAAUUUAAGUUCUAUGUCCUCUACCAUACCUUGAUGUCUUCAGAUGGAGCUCUCUGAACUGACAGAAAAUGCAGAAAUGGAUACAGAUAACAUACUCUUCAAUCUUGUAUAUAAAACUUGAAAGCAAACUCAUGCCAUAGACCCAUAUUCUAGACUUUUACUUAUAAGGAGCUGUGUUUAUACCUGGCAAAGGUCAUGUGUACAUCAACAUGUGGUCUCUUUUGGGUGCCAGGUGGCUGGUUGCCCACCCCAGAAAGCCUCAAGAAUUCAUCCGCUCUGGUGGUCUCUGUUCAGGAGAAGCAAAUACUGGAUGAAGACAAAGUACACAGGAGGUGAAUGUACCUUGUGAAGCUUCAAAGCAUUAAGAGUAACUGCUGGAUAUGUGAACACUCGUGAAAUUUCCAGCCAUGCCAAGGGAAGGAAAAGAGUCUGAAUUGCGUUCAAACAUCCAAAGAAAGACACACCCAUGAAAUUAUUUUAAAUGCUGAAGAUGCAUGCCAUUGAUACCUUGUCUUUAAAUGUGUAGCAUAGAAAUCCUGAAAGAUCCUGAGAGUGUACUUAGCUUUUAGUUACAUCAGCUGUAAUUAAUAUUUGCAUUGUGUUUUAAGUGAUUAGUAAACUUUAAUAUUCUCAGAAAAUUCUCAGAAAAGAGAAAGGCUUUGUUUCCCACUUGUUUUCUGCAUCCAUUGCUGUUGCAACAUCCAUGGAAUCUCUACAGGACUGAUGUACAGACGUGCAUUUUCAAGUAAAUCCUAAAACUACCAUGGUAAAAGUUGCAAGUGUAAUUGCUCAUCUUUUCAUCUUGGCUCUUUCCAGAUAAUGAUUAGGAAAUAUUUAUCUGUAUUAGGGGUUUGUACUUCAGAAGGUAAAAGUGGCUUACUUCAGAUGACAGUAUCUUCUGUCAUCAAACUGAGCAAAUCAGCAAGAGUGUAAGUAACUUGAAAAAAAACAAACCAAAACAAAAAUCGAUCAAUCAAUCAAACAAACAAAAACAGCAACAAAAAGCCCACCGAAAAAGCAAACAAAAAACUAACCCCACCCUUUUAAAUUUUUGCAUAAAGUUGAAGUUCUCUUUAAGGUAUAUAGUUACCUAAAUUUUAAGGAUUCUUGUUUUUAAUCAACUGCUGAAUUUUCUGAGAGCCAUGUAUAAAAAGAAUAUGACAAACAUAUAAUAUAUACAUGUGGGUGUGUGUGCGCGUAUGUGUGUGUGUAUUAUUGGUAAAACUGAUUUAGCUUUCAUACUUACCAAAAAGAAAAAAACCUGAAAACCUUGUUGUUAUGUUUGAUGGCAGAUUAUGUGUGCAUGUAGCCACUCUCUGUGGAAUUUUCACCCUACUGAGACCAAUGUCUAAACUUCUUGAAAUUCACUGAUACAAGGAUUUAGAAUCAUAGAAUCACAGAAUCAUUUUGGCUACAAAAGACCUUUAAGAUCAUCAAGUCCAACCAUUAACCUAGCACUCUCAAGUCCACCACUAAACCAUGUCCCUAAGCACUACAUCUACACAUCUUUUAAAUACCUCCAAGGAUGGUGAUUCAACCACUUCCCUGGGCAGCCUGGUCCACUGCCUGAUAACCUUUCUGGUGAAAGGUUUUUUUUCCUAAUAUCCAAUCUAAAUCUCCCUUGGCACUACUUGAAGCCAUUUCCUCUUGUCCUUUUGCUUCUUACUUGGGAGAAGAGACUAACACCCACCUUGCUACAACUUCCUUCCACAUUUGAUCACGUGGAACUAUUUUUUAUUUGUACUGAGGCCUUUUUGCACUUUUUGGAUGUCAGAAAAGGAUCCUCAAGUCCUGCUCAGCUGGUAUAAAUUAGCAUAGUUCCAUUAACAGUAACAGUACUUUGGGGUUUGCAUCAUCUGAGGAACUUCUCUUAGACUAGAUCAAAAGAAGCUUAGUGUGAGAAUUAGGCCAUCAUUUUUAUUAAGAAGAUGCUGAAGCACUCACUGCUUAGUAUGAAAUAAUCAAGAUUGCUCAUCACUUCUAAAAAGCAAGUGCAUUCAACAUUUUAGUUCUGCAAAAAUCAAACAGCAGAAUUUCUCAUGUGCAGCUCAGUCUUACUUGACGUUGCACAGUUUUUUACUCACAAAUCUCUGACAUUGUUUCAAACAUUUAAGAUUUACCCUGAAAGAAGUGUCAGUAUGACCUAACUGAUGGGAAAUUUGCACCUUACUGGUAAUGCAGAGAACAACUGUGUAUUGGUUUUGACAGAAUGAAAAAAUAUCCACAGUAAAUGGAAGCAAUUAUCCUUUCACAUUUUACAAAAGCUUUAAAUACCUCAUGUUGCUAUACAAUACUUUCUCAAAGCAAGUUUAUGCAUUUAAAGUUCUCUUGCAUUUUCCUUAGAUUCAGUUAAACAAAAAUAGUAUUUAUUUAUGUUCUUUGUUCAUAAGAAUAUUAGGUGUUCUAAAUAUUUUUCCACAAAAAUUGAAUACACGAUGAUGCUGCACGUUGGUGUGCCCCAAAUUAAACUUUGAUAUUCAAAAUGCAUAUUUUAGGCUACUUAGACUACUGCUCAAUACUAUAGAAAAUAUCAGUUGUAAACUGAAACAUACAUUAAACUCAGAUGGACUGCUGCAAAAUGUUCAUCUUUCAAGAGUAACAUAUUCAAAUAGCAGCCAAGUCACUUUUAAAUAAUGUCAGAUACUUCAGUCUCUUCCGUGGAGCAAGGCAAAUUUAAGUUUACCUGAGAAGAGAAAGAAAAUUUGCCUGUAAACCUUCCAACUUCGCAUCACAAACAUUGUUCUUUGAAUAUGCACCAAAGCAGUACAAUGCAUGGAGCAACAGAACUGUUGCUGGAGCUCAGGGUUUUCCUUUUCUCUGCAUCCCCUUUUGAGAGAUCUGAACAAAACAUUGGGUUUUCUCAAUCAUUUUGCAAAGGAGGACACUUCUAUUCCUGGAUACAGUGGAUAGCAUGGCACUUCAAAAUGUGAUAAUGAAGUUAUUUGACAGUUUCUGUGCCAAAUUUCUCUACCCAUCAAGGGGGUCCUUACUUUGGAUAUAGAGAAAUUUUUAAGGACUACUGACUUGUGAUAUAUCUUGGAAAUCAAUGGAAAGAUAGUAAGUUCAGUGGGAGUAGGGUUUGUUGAAAUACUCCUUGAACUGCUUCUUUAUUCAGUUGUAAGCUAUUUAGCUUCUGAAGAAUGAUCAGUUUUUGUCUUUUUGGGUAGACAGAUCCCAUACUUUAACACAGGUAGAACAUGAAUGCCCUUUCUCUUAAAAUGAAAUUAGGGAAAACCAGAUGAUGUAAUUUUUAUACAAGAGGCAACCAAAUUUGGUUUUCAGGUAUCUGUGGUUUUGUGAGAAACUAACAUUUUUAGGUUUCCUUUGGAAUAGUUCAACUUUGCAUGCAAUUAAUAGUGGCCUUGUGAGAAUAAAAAGCAGAUAGUGAUAUACUAAGUAAGUCUAUGUGCUACUUUAGAUGUGUGUUUACUUGAAUAAAUUAAUGGUACUUAUUUCAUCACAAGGUCAUUUUAUAAGUAAGCUUAUAAAAAUUGUGCUGUACUAUAGAGUAUGUGUAAAACAUGCACAUUUUUUAGAUUCUGAUCUUCACCAGCUCUGUUUUCUCUGUUGCUCUCUGUAAUACACUGAAACUGUUCAGUACACACAAUACAACUAUUCAAUUGAAAAACUAACUGUAAAUAUAAAAUACAGAUAUUUUGCAUUAGAUUUACAUCCAACAUUCUUCAAUUCAGGAAUCUGUUUCAACUGCCUGUUAAAUGCAGAUCUACAAUAAUGGUGGCAUGCUGCUGUUAUAUUAUCAAAUUGAUGGAACGCGGAAAUUUCAGACUCUUUCAUGAUAGAGACACAGAUGUUUGCUGGUUGUAUCAUGGGCAAAUUCAUUUAUUUCAGUGUAAAUGUCAGCACAGUCUUGCAUAGUUAUAUUCUGACUGAAGGUAAUCAACAAAGUUUAUAAAAUGUGACGUGUAUGUAUAUAUGUGUCUUCUUAAAAAUAGAUGUUUUCCCAGAUCCUUUUUUAUACCAGUACAAAUUUGGAAUUUACAUUAUAUACAUAUACUUUAUUGUUCUAAAUAAAGAUAUUAUGCACUGCC